AUGCCUUUCAGAAGCAGCCGCCGCAGCAACAUGGUCGAGACCAGGACUACCAAGCCGACCCUCAUGACCCGCUUGAGAGGCCGCAACGCAAAGACACAAACCGUCAAGACGACGACCACCGUCGAGCCCCGCACAACAGCAGCACAUCACCACACCACCGGUGCCAACACCAGAACCACCCGAUCAUCGAGAUGGGGACGUAACACUCGACGCAACGAACCUAUUGUCCAUCACAGACGACAUGCAAGUGUUGGAGACAAGAUCAGCGGUGCGAUGAUGAAGCUCAAGGGAAGCUUGACCCGCAGACCUGGUGUCAAGGCUGCUGGAACAAGGAGAAUGCACGGAACUGAUGGGCGAGGAAGCCGCCGUGUUUAUUAA